GCUGUCUCUGCGGCAGGGCCCAGCUCGGCUCCCCCCGGUCUCUCUCUGUCUCUCCUCCUCCCUCCUCCUGCUCCGGGCGGAGCCCGGCAUGGGGGGGCCGGCGCCCGGCAGGCCAGUGGAUCCGGGACCCAGGGAGGGCCGCCCCCCGGGCCUGGUGGCGCUGAGCAGGGCCCCCCAGCCCCCACCUCCUGCCCCACGACAUGAACCUCCUCUACCGAAAAACCAAGCUGGAGUGGAGGCAGCACAAGGAGGAGGAGGCCAAGAGGAGCUCCAGUAAGGAGGUGGCUCCUGCAGGCCCCGCAGGGUCCGGGGCCGGCCCGGGGCCUGGGGUCCGGGUGCGGGACAUCGCCUCGCUGCGCCGCUCCCUCAGGAUGGGCUUCAUGACGAUGCCAGCCUCCCAGGAGCACACCCCCCACCCCUGCCGCAGCGCCAUGGCCCCACGGUCACUCUCCUGCCAUUCAGUGGGCAGCAUGGACAGUGUUGGGGGUGGACCUGGGGCGGGAGGCGGGGGUCUCACAGAGGACAGCAGUGCCCGAAGACCCCCUGCCAAGCCCCGGAGACAUCCCAGCACCAAGCUCAGCAUGGCAGGGUCGGGCGUAGAGAUGCCCCCCAGCAAGAAAGCAGGCUCACAGAAGCCAACCCCAGAGGGCCGAGAGUCCAGCCGGAAGGUUCCGCCACAGAAGCCCCGGAGAAGCCCGAACACCCAGCUCUCGGUCUCCUUCGAUGAGUCCUGUCCCCCAGCCCCCUCUCCUCGUGGGGGGAAUCUGCCCCUUCAGCGCCUCAGUAGGGGGUCCUGCAUAGCCGGGGACCCCGAGGUGGGUGCCCAGGAAGAGGAGCCCGUGUACAUUGAGAUGGUGGGGGAUGUCUUCAGGAGAGGAGGACGAAGUGGCGGGGGCCUGACUGGGCCCCCUCUUGGGGGAAGGGGCCCAAGCCCUCCAGCGGGCGCCGACUCGGACUCAGAGGAGAGCGAGGCCAUAUAUGAGGAGAUGAAGUACCCGCUGCCCGAGGAGGCAGGAGAAGGCCGGCCCAACGGGGCCCCCCCAUUGACCGCAAGCUCCUUGCCACACCAGCCUCCCGCCCUGCAGCCCCACGCCCACCGCCGGCCAGCGUCAGCCCUCCCAAGCAGGAGGGAUGGGACACCUACCAAGGCCACUCCUUGUGAAAUCCCCCCGCCCUUCCCCAACCUCCUCCAGCACCGUCCUCCGCUCCUGGCCUUCCCCCAAGCCAAGGCUGCUUCCCGAACCCCUGGCGAUGGGGUCUCGAGGCUACCGGUCCUCUGCCACUCGAAGGAGCCAACGGGCUCCACCCCAGCUCCCCAAGUGCCUGCCCGGGAGCGGGAGACGCCUCCCCCACCGCCUCCGCCUCCUGCUGCCAACCUGCUGCUGCUGGGACCCUCGGGUCGGGCCCGGAGCCACUCAACACCGUUGCCACCCCAGGGCUCUGGCCAGCCCCGGGGGGAGCGGGAGCUCCCCAACUCCCACAGCAUGAUCUGCCCCAAGGCGGCAGGGGUGCCGGCAGCCCCUCCUGCCCCGGCCGCCUUGCUCCCUGGCCCCCCCAAGGACAAGGCUGUGUCUUACACCAUGGUGUACUCGGCAGUCAAGGUGACCACGCAUUCUGUCCUGCCAGCUGGUCCACCCCUAGGUGUUGGGGAACCAAAGACGGAGAAGGAGAUCUCGGUCCUCCAUGGAAUGCUGUGCACCAGCUCGAGGCCCCCAGUGCCUGGGAAGUCCAGCCCCCACAGCGGGGCCAUGGGCGCGGCAGCUGGGGUCCUCCACCAUCGGGGCUGCCUGGCCUCCCCACACAGCCUUCCGGACCCGACUGCGGGCCCCCUGACUCCCCUAUGGACCUACCCGGCUGCAGCAGCUGGGCUCAAGAGACCCCCUGCCUAUGAGAGCCUCAAGGCCGGGGGGGUGCUGAAUAAGGGCUGUGGAAUGGGGGCCCCAUCCCCCAUGGUCAAGAUCCAGCUGCAGGAGCAAGGGACCGACGGGGGUGCCUUUGCCAGCAUCUCCUGCGCGCAUGUCAUCGCCAGUGCAGGGACACCAGAGGAGGAGGAAGAGGAGAUGGGCGCCGCGACAUUUGGAGCAGGCUGGGCUCUGCAGAGGAAGGUCCUGUAUGGAGGGAGAAAAGCAAAAGAGCUGGACACAGAGGUCGAGGAUGGUGGCCGGGCCUGGAAUGGCAGUGAGGGUCCAGGCAAGGCGGAGCGUGAGGAGCGAGGCCCCAUGGCAUCAGGGAUUCCAGUGAGGAGUCAGGGGGCAGAGGGCCUGCUGGCCAGGAUCCACCACGGAGGGGACCGAGGAGGGAGCCGCACAGCGCUACCUGUACCCUGCCAGACGUUUCCUGCUUGCCACCGCAAUGGAGACUUCACAGGAGGCUACCGCCUGGGGCGCUCGGCCUCCACAUCUGGAGUCCGGCAGGCCGCGCUCCACACCCCCCGACCCUGCAGCCAGCCUAGGGAUGCCCCAAGCCAGGAGGAAGGGGCACAGACCCAGCCCGCGCUGCCGCUGCCGCUGCCCCUGCCGCCUCAGCCCGCCCGCGAGCGCGACGGCAAGCUGCUGGAGGUGAUCGAGCGCAAGCGCUGCGUGUGCAAAGAGAUCAAGGCCCGCCACCGCCCCGACCGAGGCCUCUGCAAGCAGGAAAGCAUGCCCAUCCUCCCCAGCUGGCGGCGGGGGCCGGAGCCCCGCAAGUCCGGCACCCCGCCCUGCCGCCGGCAGCACACCGUCCUCUGGGACACUGCCAUCUGAGGAGGCCGGGAGGCCCGGGCACCGGACUGGGGAGCGGGGCGGGGGUGCCCGGCUCUCCGGGAGACUUGCCUUGAAAGAGGGACACUUGAAGGACCAGGUGAGAGAAAGCCAGGGAGAAGCCCCAGCCUUGCACCC